AUGGAAGAGAACAAAAAUAUGAAUGUGUUGCCCACGCUACGGCCGACAUUAUCGCGGCGAACUUUGUACGGAACUUCUAAUGGUUCUUCUACACCGACCAACCGUCCCAAUUUGAUCUAUCGGAAAGCAAAAGUGACUGGAAAAAGUCUUGAAGAGCUGCGAAGUUCGAAUGUGCCUGUGCCCAAAUUUCGAGGAGAGGCUGUUUUUGGUGUAUACCCUGUGCUAGAGGCUUUAGCAAAUGAAACGAGAGACUUUUUUGGGCUGUACAUCAAGGACAGUGUAAGGUCUCGUUGUAAUCACGAUGAACGAAUUUCGAAAAUUCUGGAGCAUGCUCGGGUGCUAGGUCUACCCGUGAGACGACUUACCCAUUCUCAGUUUGACAAAAUCACGGAUUUUCAGCUGCAUAAUGGGAUAUGCCUUGAUGCAUCUCCACUAAGAUUUGGGCAUGAUGUUGAUGAUACGCAGCUUACUUCGUUAUACUUGGAUAAUGUCCUGGAUCCAGGAAAUCUGGGAGCAAUCGCAAGAAGUGCAAUGUUUUUUGGGUGCAACCAGAUAGUAUGCAGUGAAGGGCGAGGACCGUCAAAGAUAACUCCAGCAAUGAGUAAAGCCUCAUGUGGUGCUUUGGAAUGCUUCAGAGUAACUCGUGUACCUUCUUUCACUUCCUUCUAUGAGAUCCUCAAGCGCGCUGGAGCGCUGUUCAUUGGCACGUCAGACGCAGUUUCAGCUAGAAAAUUUGGCAAACCCGCAAUUGAAUUAGAGGCAUUGGAAGUGGAAAAAGAACAAGAACUUGUACUUGUUCUUGGGGAUGAAGGGUCGGGAGUUUCGAAUGAAGUGAUGACUAACUGCGACGUUUUGUUGACCAUCACUUCGCCGAGCAUGAGAAAAACAAGCAUCAAUUCUUUGAACGUUUCUGUUGUUGCGGGCAUUCUUUUGCACCAUAUUGCUACUGUCAGACAGAAAUAA